GGUGUCGGGAGGAGGAGACUCCGCUUCCCUUCCAGGCCAGUCUCACAGGUUGAGUCGAAUCCAGGUGUGUAUUUGCGUCUCCUCCAUGGCGCUGUUCGGGUCCGGCCGCUGCGCCCUGUUCCUGCAGCUCACCUGCGCCUGGCUCGCCUGCGCUUCUGUGGACGACCCCGUCCCGACCAAGGAAUGCCUCGGCUCCUACCGCAUCUCCCAAGGCUUCAUGCUGCACCCGAGCAGCCUGAAGGACGGCGCCGAGCUGCUGCAGACGCAGCGAGUGAAAAGCUCGUCGGUGUGCAUGGCCCACUGCUGCGCCCUGCGGCGAUGUAGCCUGGCUCUGGUCGGGGGCUCCGAUCCGGAGGGGCUCCACUGUGUGCUCUUCGACUGCACCCACGGUCAGAAGUCGGUCUGCACUCUCCUCGUCCGGGAGGGCUACGAGGUCGGCGUGAAGCUGCUCUUGUCGGAGAACCCCAUACCGGCAGUGGAUUGCACAAGCCCCUCGAAGAAGGGCCCGUGCCGUGCCUUAUUUAGUCGGUGGUAUUUCAACGCCACGGAAAAGGUGUGCCAGGAGUUUACUUACGGAGGCUGCCAGCCCAACCUGAACAACUACGAGAGUGAAGAGGAGUGCCAGAAGGCCUGCAGCAAAAUCACAGAACCGUUCAGCAACGUGGUGCCGUUGGUAAGCAGAAGUGUGUUGGGCCUGAAAGAAUGUUCAAGGCAGUGUUCGGCUGAUGAAUUCCGCUGCGGUGACGGCUGCUGUGUCCCCUUUGACCAGAUUUGUGAUGGGAAGGCACAUUGCCUGGAUGAAUCAGACCUCCAGCAUUGCAAAGCGGUCCAUGACAUUUACAAUCUACUGAAUGCAUCUGGGGGAUCGAGUGAACCAGACAAUGCAGUCGUCUCCAAACCGCAGGCAAGCAGCUUAUCCGGUGAGGAUAAAGAGAGCUGCUAUGCUCCGGCCGUGACGGGGAAAUGCCGUGCUGCCUUCCCGCGAUGGUACUACGACCCUGCCCAGCAGGCCUGCCGGUCCUUCAUCUACGGCGGCUGUGGCGGCAACAAGAACAACUACGUCUCUGAGGAGAGCUGCUUGGCCGCGUGCUCGGGGAAGACAGGUAACUGGGAAAAAAGUGAUGACGGAAACAAGCCCGACAGGCAGCACCAGGACGACUUCCGUCGCCACGUGUCGGCGAUCUCCAUGGUGGUUCUCCUGGCAAUCUGCGUCCUGAUACUCCUCGGAGGCGUUGUCUACUUCAUCGUCAAGCUGGCAAAGACUGACCACGUGGUCUCCUACCAUCGCACGCACUUCGGCGAGGACAAGGAGACCCUCAUUAACGCUGCGUGACCCCCACCGAGGAGCUGACACCCAGCAUUUGGGGUGUGCAGCAAAGACGCGAACAAGUUUUAACUGUCUAUCCCCCAUCUUUGCAUCAGCAUUAGUAUAAUAAUUGUAUCCCAGUUUUGAUCUCUACAGCUUUGCUGAUGACAUUGCCUUAUCCAUAAACGUUUCUCUCUUAAUGUUUUAAAUUGUUUAUGAUGAAGGAUAGUCCUCGCUGUCAUAGCCCUCUGGGUCCUCCUUGUAGUUAGUUGAUGCGGGCAGAUAAUUAGUUCUGAUGGCUUCUGCCUUAAUGUGAUCACCCUGAUCUUGCCCCAUAUCUUAGAGUGGAUUUGAGUGACUUGAGGGAUUUGUUUCAAAAUCUGAAGAGGGUGUUCCUUUUCUCUGGCUGUAACUGGGCUUUAAACCCCUGUGUUACCCAUCUCGUUGUCUGGGGAAGUGAAUCUCGAACUGGAAUCUUUACAGCUUUGUAGUAUAUGCACUGUACGGACCACAGGAACCCAGGGUUAUUCAUAAGAUUUUACAUAUUCUGUUUCCAGUAGGAGCAAGAAAAUAUUCUAACACCUUUGGUUAUUUAAUCGCGAUAUUUAAUCUUGUAGCUGGUCUAUCAAAGGAAUUCUGCUAGUUGCCCAUUUUAGUGUGGCGUCUCAGCCGGGCCGCUACUGCACCUCCUGUGCGGCCAGCGGCUCAAUCCCAAAUUCGUUGGUUUGUGACCUGUGACUUUUUAUACAUUUCCUACCUUAUCGAAUGUCACUUGGAUUGUCAUGGGGUGUGAUCCUUAAAUACUCUGGAAAAAUCCAUUAUUGCAACUUGUCAAACCUUCAGAUCUACAUCUGUUAAUAUUCCUCAGUUGGAGACGUCGGGGAGCAGAAUGGAUAUAAUAAUGGGGAAUGUGAUGGGUGCAGACCGGAUUCGAGAUGGGUCUGCAUCCCAACUCGUAUCCCAAAGGCCAGUUGACACUGGCUGAGAGGUGGCACCUCAAUGAUAAUGGCAGGACAUGCUUGUAUAAUUACUGCUAUCUGGAGCGACCUCUUCACCUGAAAAUGCAGGCUGAAUCCAACAUUGAUACCCAAUAUCAGAAAGCAGGUUUAUUGAGGGAAAAUCACCAGUAAAUACUUUGUCUGCUCUGACCUUCACUCUUGUUUCCCUUCUCGGUGAUUUUCUCGAUGUUCUGGUCCGCCAAUCCGUCCCCUGUUCUGGAACAGGGGGCUAUCACAGAACACACAGCAUUCCAGCACAGUCCAGGCCCUUCGGCCCACAGUGUUGUGCUGGCCUUUCACCCUACUCUAAGAUCAAUCUAACCCUUCUGGACAAGAAGGUCCAAAAUAGCAAAACCUAGAAUGUAGAACGUUACAACACAGUCUAGCCUCUUCAGUCCACAAUCCAGCCCUUCCCUCCCACGUGGCCGUCCGUUUCUCUGUCAUCCACGUGCCUAUCUUAACCCUUCCUAAUCUAUCUGUUUCUAACACCACCCCUGCCAGUGAGUUCCAGCCACUCCACAACACCUGUGUUUUUUAAAAAAAAAAACUACCUUUGAAGUUCCCCUCACCUAUAUUUUCCUCCAAUUGUCUUAAAAUUACACCCCCUGGUAUUAGCCGUUUCCACCCUGGGAAAAAGUUUCUAGCUGUCUGCUCAAUCCAUGCCUCUUAUCAUCUUGCACACUUCUAACAUCCUCCUGUGCUACCUCGCUUAAUCUAGCCACGUAAACACGUGCUCCCUAAUGGAGACAAACCUUGUCUGCACCCUCUCUAAAGCUUCCGCGUCUUUCCUGUAAUGAGGCGACCAGAACGGAGCACGAUACUCCGAGUCUCCUCUACCCUCUGAGUCCUUGUGGCUUUGGGGAGGAAUGAAUGGAUGGUCUUGAUUUGUUGUGUGGUGGGGGUCGUAGAGGGAAGGAGCUUCGAGAAUUUAAGCGAUUCUACUUCUAAAGUUGUCUCAUCCGAAGGGCAGGACAAAUCAUCGGUCCAACUCCUGACUCUCCAGUUUCUGUCUGAUUUUCAAAAGUUCAUUAUCAAAGUACAUGUAUGACGCCGUGAGAUUCAAUUUCCUGUGGGAAAUGGUCUUCCUUGAUUGGCUGGAGUCUUUGCCUGCCGUGAGGCCUAGCGGGCUGCGCUGGUUUGGGUAUUUACCCUAUGAAGGAAUUGGGGUGGCAGCUCCACUGCAAACUCCUCCGAUUCAGGGGGCUUUCACAGAAUUUCAGAUGUUCCAUUUCCGUUUUCUAAACGCUGAGAUCUCUCCCGCGUCGUACAAGGUCUUAUAAAUCAGCAAAUUGGGACGAUAGCUUUUCUGCUCCAGGCUUAUAAGCUGUAGCGUGACAUAGAAGUGGGUGUGGGACCUGUUUUACUCCAAGAUCAAUGCGUUUUUUUCGUGCACCGUUUCAUUUUGAAAAAGGUUUAUGGUAAAAAUUUUCAGAUGAUUUGGGACUCUGUUUAUUUGAUAAGUUUUAAUAAAAUCGUUUUAAAGUA